AUGGAAAUGAAUGAAGAAGUUUAUGAUGAAAUUUUAAAAAGUUUACCCUCAUAUAAAAUAUAUGAAGAAUAUGGCUCUAAGGUCAGUGAAGAAUCAUACGGAAUUAAUUGUAAUAUAUUCAAUUCAGUAAAAAAAGAAUACAAAAAUAAAUGUAUUAAUCUUUGUAAUAAAGUUGUAAGAAAUUUAGAAAAUUUUCCAGAAAAAGGUAAAUCCGGAAACUAUAAAGACUACUGUACACAUUAUAUAUACUGGAUAUAUAAAGAAAUAAGAGAAAUGUUUAAAAAAGGUGUGAAUGAUAAUGAUAUAGCAGAUGUCAUUUCUAAAUUUAUUGAAUUACAAUCUACUAUUACUGAAACUUAUCGGAUAUAUAACUGUAGUUAUAAAUUUGUUCAUAAAAAUUUAAACGAAUUAAAUCAGAAAAAGGAAGAGAAAUACUUAUAUGAAUAUUUUACAAAUUACGAUAUUAUUAAAAGUAGAGAUAUUUGUACUUCUGUUGACAUUAAUAAUUAUAAAAAGUAUCUUAGUUCUAUUCGUGAUUUAUAUAAUAAAAAAAAGCGUGAAUGUUGUGAGAAAAAAAUAUCAACAUGCCCAGACUAUUUUUUGCACUGUGGUGAUGAGGUUGAUCCAAAGAAUCUCCUUUCUGUAUUGGAUUCCACAAAUAACGGAGGAUGUAGUGGACUAAAAAGUAUUGCACCUAAAAUAUUUGAAAAAAAUCCUGAUUCUACACCAUUUAAUCAAGAAUUUAUGAAAUCAAUAUAUUUUACUGGAUGUCCUGUUCUGAAAAGUGACGGAUCUUCAUCAAAUAAUGGUAGUAUGUCAUGUAAUUUAUUCCGAGCAAAUGUCAAUCCACGUCGUAGUAUAACUGAAAAUGGAAAAACGGCACAAGAUAUUCCUGGAGGUUUAUCUUCGCAAGUACAGGUGACAACAUCGAAAACAUAUUUAGCAGACAUUCCAUCUGAAAAAAAUAAAAAACAAGAAGUUCCUAGUAGUCAAGGAGAAAUAAAUAAAACGAAAUCUGAAGAAAUCAUAAAUAAUGAAUUUAGAUGGAAUUUUGGAAAAGGAGAAUUACGUUGUCCACCCAAUAAACCAGAAGACGAUGAAUAUGGAAUGUGUGAUUAUAUGGAAGAAUUGGUUGAAGAUAAUUUUUUUGCAAAAAUAAAAGAUUCUAAGGAUUACAAAUUUAAAAGGGGCCCGUCAUGGAAACACGAAUACUUAGCAAGUGUAACUAGAAAUAAACGACAUGAAAAUUUAGGUAAAUCGAGUUCAUUAAAUUUAAAGGAUUAUAGACAUUUACAAGCUAUAGUCCAUAAAAGGGCAGAAGCAUUUUAUGCUUCAAAUUCAAGCGGAAAAGCAAUUCCUGAAAAAUAUACAAAAUAUAAUAUUUUGCAGAACACUUUUGUUCGUAUUUCCAUUGUGAGUACUUUGGUAAUGGGAAUAAUUUUUGUCUUUUUCCUUUAUUUUAAAUUUACUCCCUUUGGAUCACAUAUAGGUAAAAUUAAAAAAAGGAAAAAAAGAUAUAGGACUAAUUUCGCUGAAUUAAAUACGGAAAGAAUACCAAGGAGAUUUAUAAAACGUACUUAUAGGAAUUCUGAAAGAAGGAGAUUUAGUGUAGUAAAUAUAGAAUAA